AUGUUAAUUAAGAAAAUCAGAAUAACGUAUUGGACAAUAUUGAUUGCAAUUUCCACAUUGGUAUUAGAAAAUAGUUUUAUCUACUAACCUAUAAACAAUCUUUUUUUUCAGUUAUCUGCAGUUCUAAUUAAGCAUGCUGAGAAAUUUUUCUACAAAACUCAAGGUGUUUUAUGUCUUCAUCUUCGUUUUAAGAUAUCACAAUCUUAUCAAAUAAUCAAAAGUUUUUCGAGAUUUAUUAUUUAUGUUCUCAUUUCGAAAUUUAUUUUAUCAAUCGGGCUGUGGUUACUUUAUUUUGAUAUUAUUUUUACUCAAAACCCUGGUGAAUUUUUUGUGUAUUGGAAUUUGUUGCAGAACUUUGAAACCUUAGCAUCACCUAUUUGUUUUCUCUAUUCUCACAAAACUUUUAAUGAUAAGGUUAGGAAAUUGAAGAUCUCAGUUUCCAAAAAUGUUUUUCUAGAUACGAGUCAUCGCUAAAUUCAAAUCUGGACCUGGGACAACAAAAGUUCAAACUCUUGCAGGAUCAAAUAUGAUGUUCAAGCAGACGCAGAAUGAUUACUUCAAAAAGCUACAAGAUGAAUGGAAUCGGCUCUAA